AUGGCCACCCUCGCCGCGGCUCAAUGCCCCUUUGCAAAUCCCGGCGUAGCUCUCAAGGCCCGAUCCGACGGCGCAUCCGUCGGCUCCCGUGACCACAUGCGGCAGUACGAGGUCGACGACAGCGAUGUCUACAUGACUUCGGACGUUGCUGGUCCCAUUGCCGACAUGGUCAGCCUUAAGGCCGGCAUUCGCGGCUCGACCCUGCUCGAGGACUUCAUCCUCCGCCAGAAGAUCACUCGGUUCGACCAUGAACGGGUCCCUGAGCGAGUCGUCCAUGCCCGUGGCGCAGGUGCCUACGGAACCUUUACCAGCUACGGCGAUUUCAGCAAUCUCACCGCCGCCUCCUUCCUCUCCGAGGAGGAGAAGACCACGCCCAUUUUCGUCCGCUUCUCGACCGUUGUCGGUUCUCGAGGCAGCGCCGACACAGUUCGCGAUGUCCACGGAUUUGCUGUCAGAUUGUACGGAAAUUUCGACAUGGUUGGCAACAACAUCCCCGUAUUUUUUAUCAAUGACGCCGCCCAAUUCCCCGAUUUGAUUCACUCCGUCAAGCCGAGGCCGGACAAGGAGAUCCCACAGGCAGCCACGGCGCAUGAUGCUGCCUGGGACUUCUUCAGCCAGCAGACCACUAGCCUUCAUACUCUCUUCUGGGCUAUGUCUGGGCACGGGAUCCCUCGCAGCUUUCGGCAUAUGGACGGCUUUGGUGUCAACACCUACCGCUUUGUCAACGAUGCGGGCGAAUCUAAGCUCGCCAAGUGGCACUUCAAGACACAGCAAGGCCUCGCUAGCUUGGUCUGGGAGGAAGCCCAGGUGCUAUCCGGAAAGAAUGCCGAUUACCAUCGCCAGGACUUGUGGGAUGCCAUCGAGUCGGGCCAUGGCCCCGAGUGGGAGGUCAGCGUGCAGAUCGUGAAUGAAGAGGAUGUUCUCGCCUACGGCUUUGAUCUCCUGGAUCCUACCAAGAUCCUUCCCGUGGAGGAUGUGCCGCUACAGCCGCUCGGUCGCCUAAAGCUCGAUGCCAACCCGGUCAACUUCUUUGCCGAGACGGAGCAGAUCAUGUUCCAACCCGGUCACGUCGUCCGAGGCAUUGAUUUCAGUGACGACCCUCUGCUGCAGGGUCGCCUCUUCUCAUACCUCGACACUCAACUGAGCCGCCACGGGGGGCCCAACUUUGAGCAGGUGCCCAUCAACCGGCCCAUACCGAGUGUGCACAACAACAACCGCGACGGGCAGGCCCAGAAUCUCAUUCACCGCAACAAUCGACCUUACUCUCCGAACACCUUGAACAACGGAUCACCCAGACAGGCCAACCAGACUCACGGGAGGGGUUUCUUCACCGCGCCCGGACGUACCGCCGUGGGAAACCUCGUGCGCGAGGUGCCGGACACCUUCAGUGACCACUGGUCGCAAACUCGGCUGUUCUAUAACUCCCUUACCCCCGUCGAGCAACAGCAGUUGAUUAAUGCGAUUCGGUUCGAAACGUCCAACGUCGAGUCGGACGGGGUCAAGAGAAACGUCCUCACUCAGCUGAACAAAGUGAGCAACGACAUAGCUAACCGCGUCGCCUCCUUCCUCGGACACGACGCCCUGGAACCCGACGGGAGAUAUUACCACGACAACACGACCAGCGGGGUUUCUACUGCCCGCGAGCGGCUACCGAGCAUCGCGACGCUGAAGGUCGGCAUCCUGUCGAGCGUGAACUCGGAGGAGUCGCUACGGCAGGCGCAGCAGUUGAAGGAGCGGUUCGGCCCCGAGGGCGUCGUUGUGACGGUGGUGGGCGAGAGACUGGGCCAGGGCAUCGACAUGACCUACAACCACGCCGACGCAACCGGGUUCGACGGCGUCAUUGUUGGCGCGGGAGCCGAGGCCUUGUUUGACAGAGGCCAUGAUUCCCCGCUUUAUCCGGCCGGCCGCCCCCUGCAGAUCGUCUCGGAUGCGUACCGGUGGGGCAAGCCCGUUGGAGAGCUGGGGACGAAUGCGAGCGUGCUUUCCGAUGCCGGCAUCUCCAGCUCCCGGGAUGGUGUCUACACCAGCGGCAAUGCGGAUGACCAGUUUGUCCGGCAGUUCAGCGAGGGCCUGGCCACGUUCCGGUUCACCGACCGGUUUCCCAUGGACAGUACUACCGCUGGUCAUCCGUAA